AAUCUUUACUAAAAAUGUUGCAGUUCCAGCCUGUGACCAUACCUGGGAAGACUAUGAAUGUUUCAGAGAACUGGCUGUUCAAUGGUUCCUCAUUAGCCUCUCAUGUUCAUGCUGCUGCUAUUAAUGGAGAUAAGGGUGCCCUCCAAAAGCUAAUAGCAGGAAAUCCUGAGCUGAAAGAUAAAGACGACCAGUUUGGAAGGACUCCACUCAUGUACUGUGUGUUGGCUGACAGGUUAGAUUGUGCUGAGGCCUUGUUGAAAGCAGGAGCAGGUAUUAAUAAAGCUGACCAUAGCCAGAGAACUGCUCUUCACCUUGCUGCACAAAAGGGAAAUUAUCGCUUUAUGAAACUUUUACUUGCUCGUAGAGCAAACUGGAUGCAAAAGGAUUUAGAAGAAAUGACUCCUUUACAUUUAACUACCCGCCAUAAAAGUCCCAAGUGUUUAGCUUUGUUGCUAAAAUAUAUGGCACCAGGAGAAGUGGAUACCCAGGACAGAAACAAGCAAACAGCUCUGCACUGGAGCGCCUACUACAAUAACCCAGAGCAUGUGAAAUUUCUUAUAAAACAUGAUUCUAAUAUUGGAAUCCCUGAUAUUGAAGGCAAAAUCCCACUUCACUGGGCAGCUAAUCACAAGGAUCCCAGUGCAAUUCACACAGUCAAAUGUAUUCUGGAUGCUGCUCCCACAGAAUCUUUAUUGAACUGGCAGGACUAUGAAGGACGAACCCCCCUUCAUUUUGCAGUUGCUGAUGGGAAUCUGGCAGUGGUUGAUGUGUUGACCUCUUAUGAAGGCUGCAAUGUGACAUCUUAUGACAAUCUCUUUAGAACUCCACUUCACUGGGCAGCUUUACUAGGCCAUGCACAGAUUGUCCAUCUUCUCUUAGAAAGAAAUAAACUUGGAACUAUCCCAUCUGAUAGCCAAGGGGCAACACCCUUACAUUACGCGGCACAGAGCAACUUUGCUGAAACAGUUCAAGUAUUUUUGAAACAUCCCUCUGUGAAAGAUGACUCAGAUCUAGAGGGAAGAACAUCCUUUAUGUGGGCAGCUGGGAAAGGCAGUGAUGAUGUCAUCAGGACUAUGCUGAAUUUAAAAUUGGACAUUGACAUCAACAUGGCAGAUAAAUAUGCUGGAACAGCAUUGCAUGCUGCUGCCCUUUCGGGCCAUGUCAACACCGUGAAAUUGCUGUUAGAAUAUAGCGCACAGGUAGAUGCAUCUGAUGUAAUGAAGCACACUCCGCUUUUCCGAGCCUGUGAGAUGGGACACAAAGAAGUGAUACAGACACUCAUUAAAGGGGGAGCAAGAGUUGAUUUGGUUGAUCAAGAUGGCCAUUCUCCUCUUCACUGGGCAGCUCUGGGUGGAAAUGCUGAUGUAUGUCAAAUUUUGAUAGAAAAUAAAAUCAACCCAAAUGUGCAAGAUUAUGCAGGUAGAACUCCUUUGCAGUGUGCUGCAUAUGGGGGCUAUAUUAACUGCAUGGUCGUGUUAUUGGAAAAUAAUGCAGAUCCAAAUAUUCAAGAUAAAGAGGGAAGGACUGCUUUACAUUGGCUGUGUAACAAUGGCUACCUUGAUGCUAUAAAGUUGCUGCUGGGUUUUGAUGCAUUCCCUAAUCACAUGGAGAACAAUGAAGAGAGAUACACUCCACUUGAUUAUGCACUGCUUGGCGAACACCAUGAAGUGACUCAGUUUAUGUUAGAACAUGGUGCCUUGUCUAUAGCUGCCAUACAGGACAUUGCUGCCUUCAAAAUCCAAGCUGUCUACAAAGGAUACAAGGUUAGAAAGGCUUUCCAAGACCGAAAAAAUCUUCUAAUGAAGCAUGAACAUUUGAGAAAAGAUGCUGCUGCCAAGAAACGUGAAGAAGAAAAUAAGAGGAAAGAAGCAGAACUUCUGAAGGGAAUGCAGAACGUGGUACUCAAUAGGGUGCAAGUACAGCCACAUCCUACAGAUAGAGAGAAGAAUAACAGAACUCCUAGCAUUCCACAGCUGUCCAGCAAACAAAUUGAUGUGCAUAGUAAUAACAGGCUUUUCCGCAGUAACAUUUCUCAGAAUCAAACAGGGAAAAACAACAGAAGAUCAUCAGCAACUUCUGAAAACAAAAUGACACCUAAGGAAAAAUGUUCAUCUGCAGAACUACCAGGUGAAGAUAACAAGAACAAAAAGGAAUUGUCCAGAAAACACACCAAAAGCAAGACAGCUUGUAUCCAUUUCCAUUGUAAAGAAAAUGAUGAUGCCAAAGUUGAAGCUAACGAAGUUAUGGCAGCUACAAAGUGGUAUGGUGAAAAGCACAAGGAGCAGACUGCAAGGGCAAAGGGCUUAGCACAUGCAAAUGAAAAGCACAUCUCUGGUUGUAACACUGUCAGUGCUGGGGAGAAAUUAGCAGAUCAAAGUCAAUCUGUAGUUAGCAGCAGAAGCCGUUGUGAAGGAACAACAGGGCACUUGCAGAAUAUUAACUGCACUGAUGGAAACGCAAAGAAUUCGAGGCAGUGUGAAACUCUAUCAAAAAGCAAACUGUACAAGCUGAAAGCAAGAAAUAAAGAGUUAAACAGCGAGAGAUAUUCCCCAGCUGGCUCCAGCAGACCUGGAAGUGCCAGAAUGAGAUUUGUAAACAUCAGAAAUGACAGUUCACAUGCCAUCGUACAAACUAACAAUGUGGCAAAUAAUGAAUUAGCAAAAAAGACUUGCCCUUUACUGUCUAUCAAAGCAGGAACUACAAGACCUGUGCCAAGUGAUCCAGCAGCGCAUGCUGUUUUUGAUGACAGUCUGAACUUGGAAAAAAUAGAUAUAAAUGGGUCCAAGAAUGCAGAUCAUCGAAUCUGUUCCCAUGUUGCAUGUCAGAGUAUGAAUAUUGAACUUAUCCCAUUAGAGAUCCGUAUGCAGAUAAUAGAAAAGGAAAGAACAAGAAAAGAGCUAUUUCGGAAAAAGAACUAUGCUGCUUCUGUUAUUCAGAGGACAUGGAGAAGUUACCGGCUAAGACAGAAGUUGGUCCAGCUUUUUAGUGCUAAGCGGCAAUGCAAAGAAGAAGACGACAAAUGGAGACAAGAGACAGCUGCCUUUUUCAUCCAGGUUGCGUGGAAAAAACAUCUGAACCAUGGCCUUCUGAAAUCAGCGCCUUCAUAUAAAAACCUAAAAUCUAUAAAUAAAAGCAACUCCGCCUUAAAAACUAGCAAGCAAUCCAUCCUUAAGCAGAUAUACGGGCACUCCCAAGAAGGAAAAGUUUGCCAUCCAGCAAGACCUUCUUCAAAGCAUAAACUUUCUGAUGUGCACAUGAUCUCAGUAAGCAACCUGCAGUAUGUUAAUCUGUUGGAACCUGAAGGUAAACUGAAGCAGUUUUCAUACAACAUGAGACCAACCACUGCUGCAAAGUCAAAAAACAAAAGACCCACGUAUUAAGCAAAGCUGAGAAGUAAUUCCAAGGAACCUGGGAAUUUAAAGAAUGCAUCUCAGCACCAAGGAGUCCCACACCACGGCCAAAGGAGGGUUUGAAAAUUCACCACCAUUCAUAC